AUGACCUCACUGCAGACCUCCAAAGCUGCUCAACCUGGUGGUGGUGUGGGUGGGGGUGGAGAAAGAGGUGAACUUUCCUGGACAAAACCAAAUACAGACAAUGGAGAAGCGAGCGUAACAGUGCUUGAAAGCGUAGCUACAGUUACCUCGACAGGUAUAGAAUUAGAGGUCUCGGGUGCGACUGGAACAGUUACGUAUACAAUCACAGACCAGCCAAAUCAAAAUCAGUUUGGAAUAGGCGACGGGACCAAUUCUAAAGUAAUAAGUUUAGCAACAGGGACGCUUGACUAUGAUACGUCUCCAAUUCCAAGCUAUGUUGUUACAGUAGAAGCAGUGGAGGGAGGCACUGCGAAUACUGCGACAGUCACUAUAACAAUCAAUAUUGGUGACGUCAACGAUAUCUCUCCAGUAUUUGCAGAAACCACUUACCAGUUCACGAUUCCUGAUGGAUCGGAUAUAGGCACAACAUUAGGUAUGGUUACAGCAACUGAUAAUGAUGGCACACAGGCCAACAAUGUCAUCGACUCAUAUGACUUUACUGCGGGAAACACAAAUGAAGAUUUUGCAGUUAGUGAUGCAGGGCAGAUAACCAUGGCCAAGGCAAUAGACAAGGCAAGAACAGCUAGCUACGAGUUGAUUAUAACAGCGACAGAUAGUGGUAAUCCUGCUAUGACUGGCACAACAACGGUUAGCGUGACUGUUGGAGAAGAUGAGGGCAACGGUGAAGGGGGAGACAAUGGAAACGGCGGAAGUACAGGUGGUGGAGAUGGUGGUGGCGGAGAUAAUGGUAACGGUGGAGAUACAGGUGGUGGAGAUAACGGUAACGGCGGAGGUACAGGUGGUGGAGAUGGUGGUGAUGGAGAUAACGGUAACGGUGGAGGUACAGGUGGUGGAGAUGGGGGUGGCGGAGAUAAUGGUAACGGUGGAGAUACAGGUGGUGGAGAUGGAAAUGAUGGCGGAAAUGGAGAUGGGGGAGAUAAUGGGAAAAGUGGAGCCACAGCUGUUUUUGCAAACAUCGUGUUUGUUCUCUUAACAGAUUUUAUAGUGGUUGUUCUUAUCGGUGUUUAAUGGAAAACAGAAAACGCACAAUAGAUUCUAUUAAUCAGAACUGCUACAUAGACUUCUGUUCUCAACAGAAUCUUGUUAAAACAUCAUGUUGUGAAUAGAACUACACAAAAAGUGAAAUUUAAAUUCAAAGUGGCAUUUUCUUUUGUUUCUCAUUUUAGAAUUCCGGGUAUUUAUUUUUGUCAGGAGUUAAUUAUUGUCACUUUCUGAUCCAGUUUGUAUAUCGGAUUAGUAAACGUCGAGUAUGGCUUUCAAUUGCCGCACCACAGACUUUCCCCCAAUAUAUAGAUUUUCGUGGCAAGGUUUAUUAUCUGGUCAUCAGCAAAACCACAUAAGUGUAGUGUUGUAAUAUUAUAUAAACUAAAUAAAGUUUAAAUUUCACGUUUUCUCAUUUUGAAAUGUUAGAAAACAUUGUGGACUCCAUAGUUCUCUUAUAAAUUCAUUAUUGUCUAGCUCACAGCAUUUGCUUAUGACUUAUUAUGUAAUCAGAUAAACACAUGUAAUACGUAAUUAUCACUCUAAAGUUGGGGUAUAAUAUUCCUCAACAUAAUAAUAGUAUUUUUGUACGACAGUAGAAUUCAACCUAUGAAAUCAAUUGUAUUUCAUACCAAAUUGCUGAAAUCGUAAAAAGUCACUAGAGCUCUUUUCUAAUACAUGUCUGACAUUAUAUUUGAAUUUGAUGUUUUUAUUUCUAGGUCUGUUAACAGAAAUACAUUUGUUUCAUUUCAGAUAUAUUUACUGAUAAAGACUUAUAUAAACUGUAUUUCCUGGCACCAUCUAACAUGUAUUUGGAUAGAACAGAGGCAUUUAUGAUAUGUAUAUGUACAUUGACCUGUGGUCUGUUCUCUUCAAAUGCAUGUAUUGGUAUCUUUUGUCUUAAAUAAUCUAAUACUACUAGGAGUCAAUAUACUGAAUUAUCUAUACAGAAUUUUAUUAUUUCAUAAAUACACUAAGCCUAAUGCAAAGAAAUUACAGACUAUUUCACAUUGUUGAUGUAAUAAAGUUUUAUCUUUUA